AUGGCCACCAAACUGGAAAUCAUGAGGGAAGUGGAGGAUGAUCAGAUUUCAAAUGCUCCAGCUAAGACUCGUGGGCAAGAGCGCAUGGAAAUGCUCCAACGUUACAAAGAGGAGAAAGAACUACGGAAGUUAAAAGAGCAGAGAGAGAAACCUGUAUUUAAAUGUGGGCGAUUCAAGCCAGAGGUCCCUGCCUUCCUUCCAAAAACAUCACAGAUCCCAGUACUGAGCAAGUCAAAGGAGACGGUGGUGAAAACGGCAAGCAUGGAGGCACCUCCUGUACGGGUAACAAGAUCAAAGGCGAAGAACCAGUUGCAAGAGCCAGUUAAACCACAGCUUUCAAUGAAGGCUCCCAGCUCUGCCAGUAAGGGCUUCAUCUCUCAAAUACCUCAGCAGAAACAGAAGCAGAUCUAUGUUGACAAACUUCCCAGAAAGGAGACCAAAGAGGCUCCACCAGUUGUCUCCACAACAUCAAAUGGAAGACUUACAAGAGCAGCAGCUGCUGUUGCAAAGUCCAAAAUACCACAGGUUUUGCGACCAGCUACAGUUACAGCAACAUGGGAUCAACCAACCUUCUUCAACCUUCUGCCCUUCAAGCAGGAUUGGAUUUUAACUCCUAUCAUUCCUAGCCAGCCUCCACCAGAGGGCAUCAGAUUUGAGAAAACUGGCACGACCAGCACUUAG